UCAUCUUAUCACACUACUUUGUCUCUGUUGAUGAUAUAGAGCGGGUAGAUUUCUACAUCUAAUGACCUGUAUAUUAAAGAACUACGAAAAUUAUUAUAUAUAAUACUUUAUAUAUUUAUGUAUAUAUUUUUUUUCCUUUCAGCCUAAUUUUGCGCUGUAGACAUCAGUAGCAGCUUUAACUUGUCAAAAAAAAAAAACACUUGUGGGAUAUAAACGGGAUAAUCUACGGCUAGGAACAUGAUUUAUUUCACUCCGCGGAGUCAUACGCAUUACGCAAUACGCAUUACGCUUACGCAGGUGGUUCAUUCCCUCCACAUCGUGCAUUAUGCACAUACAGGCUGCGUCCUAUGUACAUACUAACACAGUAUGUACUGCAUUACCGUUGAAACAAUACGUAAUAAUCAUUAUGUGUGUAGGAAAAAAGUGCAUACAGUCCUGGACAUAAUACAUCCACCAUGUUACAUUUACACACGUGGACAGUUGAGGAUCUUUCUCAAGGGUCCAACAGUGUCAGCUUGGAAGUGGUGGGGUUUGAACUCAUGACCUUCUGAGCAGUAGACCACCAUCUUAUUGUUAAGGAGGAUUUAUUCAGUAGUCAUCAUGCUGGGUUCCUGGCUUCUGGUGGUGUUUUGUGUCUGCCUCCUCUUCCUCUUCAUCAGGAUCCAGAGGCCCAAGAACUUCCCCCCUGGACCACGACCCAUCCCUAUAUUCGGGAACUUGUUUCAGUUUAACAUAAAAAAUCCUCUGAAAGACUUUGAGAAGUUGGUUGAGCAAUAUGGAAACAUUUACAGUCUGUACAUCGGGACAAAACCAGCUGUUGUUCUUAAUGGUUUAAAAGUCAUAAGAGAAGCUCUGGUGACCAAAUCUGCAGACUUUUCAGGACGCCCACAAAAUUUGAUUAAGGAUGUAACUGAAGGAAAAGGAGUCAUAAUAGCUGAUUAUGGUCGUCAAUGGAAGGAGCAUCGGCGCUUUGCUCUCAUGACCUUAAGGAACUUUGGCUUGGGGAAACAGUCUAUGGAGAACAGGAUUCUGGGAGAAAUUGAACACCUUGUUGCAAAAUUGGAGAAAUAUGCUGGAAGCUCCAUGUAUCCUCAGACUUUGUUCCAUGAUGCAGCAUCAAAUAUCAUCUACCUGGUUUUGUUUGGCACUCGCUAUGACUAUGGCGAUGAAACCCUUAAAGUGUACGUUCGGCUCUAUUCUGAAAACGCAAAGCUCGCUAAUGGAACUUGGUCAAUGAUCUAUGAUGCACUUCCUAUACUGAGGUCCUUACCCCUUCCAUUUAAAAAAGCCUUUGAUAAUUACAGCACACUUAAAAUCUUGACAGCAAACAUGAUCAACAAGCACAAGACAACAAGAGUCCCAGGAAAACCAAGAGACCUUGUCGACUGCUAUCUGGAUGAGAUUGAUAAGAAAGACAAUGAAUCUACUUUCAGUGAAGAACAACUUGUGGUGUAUAUUAUGAAUCUGCAUAUAGCUGGAACUGAUACCACAUCCAACACACUCCUUACAUCAAUUCUAUACCUCAUGGCUCAUCCGGACAUCCAGAAGAGAUGCCAAAAGGAGAUUGAUGUGGUUCUAGAGGGAAAUUCUCAGCCGUCUUUUGAGGACAGACACAACAUGCCGUACACACAGGCUGUGAUUCACGAGUGUCUGCGCAUCGCCAGAACUGUCCCUCUGAGUGUGUUCCACUGUACCACAAGAGAUACUGAACUGAUGGGCUACACCAUCCCAAAGGGGACUAUGAUCAUCCCCAACCUAUCCUCAGUGUUGAGCGAAGAAGGCCAGUGGAAGUUUCCUCAUGAUUUUAACCCAUCAAACUUCCUGAAUGAGCAAGGACAGUUUGAGAAGCCUGAAGCAUUUAUUCCCUUUUCUGCUGGGCCUCGUGUGUGUCUGGGUGAAGGUCUGGCUCGCAUGGAGCUCUUCCUCUUCUUGGUGACUCUGCUGCGCCGCUUUCAGUUCAUUUGGCCUGAAGAUGCAGGAGAACCAGAUUUCACUCCAAUCUUUGGACUAACACUUACACCUAAACCGUACAGGAUGGGAGUCAAGUUGAGACAGCCAGCUAGAGAAAAGUAGAACCGGUAUAUGUCUGCAUAUUGACAAUUUAUUUACGGCUCCUAAAGAAAUUAGCCUUACUUUUACUUAAAUUACUUUUACCUUAAUUACUUACAUUCUUGCUUACUUUCCCAUGGCCUUAUAUGUAAAAUCUUGUGUUUUUUCUGUAAUCCUAUGAUAAGUUUAAUCAAGUCAAAUUCCAGAUAUUUUAACCAUAUUAAAUUAAACUGCUGAAACUGCUAAUAGUAACCCCGGAUCUUGCUUUCAACUAUGAUUGAAAAAUUGCAUUCGUUAAAAGAGGUUUAUGUUUGUACUACUAAAUGCCAAAUGCCAUAAAUGUAAAUAUAAAACUUUAAAAACAAUAAAGCACAUUUUAAUUGCUUAGCUCUUGGUGCUAGUGUCCAAGUUAGAUUCGAGUAAGCGUCAUGAAACACUAAUACAAGAAAAGGGGAAAGAAAUAAUACAUUUGGGGUGCAGAAAUAAUAAUAGCUACUGUACUUCAGGUUUUCCCAUGCGGGGUCAUUUGCUUUGCAGUGUGUUGUGAGAAACAGCUGAAAGUCUGUAAAUUUUGACAAUAAACCUGAUUUGCAAUGGG